AUGGAGCCCGUUCUCCAAUGGCGACCUCGACUCUAUGGUGAUGACAAAAGCAGUGAAGUGAUGACUCUUGAUCUCAAUUUACCAGGCAUUCAAAUUUAUCCCUUUAGUUGUCCAAUUUAUCAGAAUUGGCCAAUUUUUUAUGAAACUAGAAACCACAAAAGGUUAAAUCAGGACCACCUUAUGGAUGUAUCCAUUGGUAGCAACGGCAACACCGACGGAAGUACUAAUAGCUUGACCAGCUUGCCAAGACUCCAAUUCCGGGAUCAUGUAUGGGCUUGCGCGCAGAGAUACUUAACAAUCGCGGCUAUGGAAGAAGCAGCUGUUGCCAUGACGGGAGGAGAAGAAAAUAAAAUCAAGGAAGAAGAGGGUGGAGAAGGGAUGAGACUGGUCCAACAACUCAUUGCUUGUGCUGAGGCAGUGGCUUAUCGUGACAAAAUAUAUGCUUCAGCAUUACUGUCAGAGCUCGGGGUUAAUGCCCUUGUCUUUGGAACUUCAUUCCAGCGAGUUGCUUCCUGCUUUGUCCAGGGACUUGCUGACCGUCUCGCUUUGGUUCAACCACAAAGGGCGGUUGGAGUGGUAGGAGCAGUUGCAAAAGCAAAGGCUGUUACAUUUGAGAAAGAUGAAGCCUUAAGCCUUGUCUAUGAAUUAUGUCCGCAAAUCAAAUUCGGUCAUUUUGUAGCGAAUGCAUCGAUAUUGGAAGCCUUUGAGGGAGAGAGUUUUGUUCAUGUUGUGGACCUAGGUAUGACACUUGGCCUGCUCCGUGGCCACCAAUGGUGCCACUUAAUGCAGAGCCUAGUCCACCGUGCAGGCCAGCCACCUAAACGUCUUCGAAUAACCGGAGUCGGAACCUGCUGUGAACGCCUCCAAGCAAUUGGGGAUGAUCUAGAGCACUAUGCAAAAAGCUUGAAAUUGAACUUUGAGUUUUCCGUCGUGGAAUGCAAUUUAGAAAACCUGAAACCUGAAGAUUUCAACACAUCGGGUGAUGAGGCCUUGGUAAUCAACAGCAUUCUUCAAUUGCAUUGUGUAGUUAAAGAGAGCCGAGGAGCAUUAAACUCAGUUCUACAAAAGCUCCGUGAAUUGUCUCCCAAGCUUCUCAUUCUAGUAGAGCAAGACUCGAGUCAUAACGGGCCUUUCUUUCUUGGCAGAUUCAUGGAAGCAUUGCAUUAUUAUUCAGCUAUAUUUGACUCGCUAGACGCAAUGCUGCCCAAGUAUGACACUAGACGUGCCAAAAUGGAGCAAUUCUAUUUUGCAGAAGAGAUAAAGAACAUUGUAAGCUGCGAGGGGCCAGAUAGAAUUGAAAGGCAUGAAAGGGUUGAUCAAUGGCGAAGGAGGAUGAGCCGGGCUGGUUUCCAACCUGCGCCUGUCAAGAUGAUAAUGCAGGCCAAGCAGUGGCUAGAAAAGAUUAAGGUUUGUGAGGGUAACACAAUUGUGGAAGAUAAAGGGUGCUUGGUUCUUGGCUGGAAAUCAAAGCCCAUCAUUGCAGCUUCUUGCUGGAAAUGA